AUGAAUAUAGAAAUAAAUUUUGCAUAUGCCAAGAGACCAAUUUUAAAAGAAGUAGUUGAAAAAAAAGCAAUUUUUGAUCUUUUUGCCACGAUAAACAAUGAUACAAAAGUUUAUGACAUAUCCAAAGAUUUAAGCAAAGAUGUUUCGAAUUACAUAGAUUAUGAAACAAAAAUCAACAUAAAAUAUUGUGGAUCAAAUACGUGUAGGUUUUUAUUCUUUUAUCGAGCUCCCGAACAAGAGACACGUGCAAAUUUUCAUUUCCAUACAAUGGUUGGGCUAGCUAAUAAACUUAAUCGUACUAUGGUCUUAACAAAUGUUGGAUUUUCGAGGAUAGGAUCUUGUCUUCAUUUGCCUUUUAAUUUUUAUUACAGUGUGAGUGUACUACAAAAAAGAUUUCCAAAUGUGAAAUUCAUAUCGCAAGCACAUUUUCAACAAUGGACUUACGAACGUCGCAACAAACCGAAUGUAUCACAUAUAUACAUUAAUACCAAACCAACAAAUAAUCCAUACAGCUUUGAAUUUGUCGAACCUUCUAUAGAAUUAUUAUUAAACAAACAGUGCUUUGAUCAAUUCAAUUUAAAAAUGGAUGAUACCAUGAUUUUCAAGAGUGUCAAUAUUGGACCGAGAACCAGUUGGGAUACAAACAACUCCAAUAUUAUUAUGUUAAAUUAUUUGACCUCACAAUUAAAUAUAAACUAUGAAGUCUUAUUGAUAAAUCAUGACCUUCGAUAUAGUUUAUUUAUAAAUGAAAAAGGAGUUCCACCAGUGACAUAUGCCAAUCAUCUUAUUAGAGCUGCUAAUAAAGUGUCAAAAGAGUUAGAUUCUUAUAUAGGGAUUCAUUGGCGUAUGGAAACGAACGUAACCAAGUCAUUGACUAAAUGCGCAAAUAAGCUUGUGAAAUGGAUUAAUCGAAUACAAAAUACUACCAACAUAACUAAUGUUUAUUUUGCUACGGACUAUCCGAUUGAUAACACAAAAAAAGCACAAUCUUCCACAUUUCAUGAUGUAACGGAACAACAUCACAAAGCGGUGGCAAUUUUGAAUUCUUCAAUACAUUUUAAUACUUGGAAAUCUAUAAACUCUUUAGAAUACCUUGAAGAACUUUCAGAAUUGAGUGAAAUACUUCAAACAGAGUUCAGAGGGGCAGGAGUACAAGGAAUUAUAGAUAAAUUAAUCUUAAUUUAUUCAAAUUAUUUUGUUACUGGACCGAAAGGAUGUUGUAGACUUCGUAGCUCGUUUACUGGAACUGUUAUUCAAGCGAGAAUGGCAUUAGAAAAAGCUUGGGAUCCGAGAAUAAAAAACAUUGUAUCGCGUUGGUAA